CCCGUGACGCUCUGCACGUCACUAACUUGAACGUGGAACUUCCUGGUUGUUUAAUCAUACUUAUCAAAACCUACUACAUUACUAAGCUACACGAGGUAGCCUUUAUUUACAGGCUAACACUACACUUCGAUUAAUGUUAUUCCAUACUUAAAGUGGAAAUCGACAUCGAAAAUGCAUUUUCAAGUAGUCAUAAGGAUGUUACUUACGCUGCUGUGGGCUAUUUCUACAAUCGCAGAGGAAACUGAGUCGACAAGAGUUACUACGAUUGCUCCUGUCACCACCAAAAAUGUCUCGAAUUCGAGUGCCAAUAACUCCAAAGACACGACGUCGAAUAUCAAUAAACAUAACAUCGUCAACACUUUCUACGUGGACAGUUCAAUGAUACAAAGGGCCUUGUAUGUUCUUAUUGGAAUCACCAUCAUUGGAGUACUAUAUUUCCUUGUGCGAGCUGUGCGGCUGAAGAAAACCACAACCUCGCGUAAGAAAUAUGGCCUGUUGUCAAACUACGACGACAGUGUGGAGAUGGCUGCACUUGAAAGUGAUGAAGAGGAUGACACUGUGUACGAGGCGAGGUCGCUGAGAAGAUGAGUCUUGGUCUUGUCAAAUAAUGCUAAUUGGCCUGGGACAGAAAGGAGACAUUUGUAAGGCAUAUUUUUUCCAUGGUUAUUAUGGCAUAUAAUUUUUUCUUAUUCUUUUGGACAUAACCAGAAAAUGACUGCUGUGUCCUCUGAGGAACAAUCGUGUUGGAACUACCUGGGGGUGUAUGAAUAAGGACGUUGUGUGCGUCACAUGUUUUUUUGCUGACCAAACGUGAGCAUCCCAUUACAUCUUUUAUGUGGAGAAAUUAGGAUUUGUAACAUUACAGGACCAAACCAGUUGGGCUGAGUCUAAUGCCAAAGCUACAAAGCUUUUUGACUGAAUGUGAGCAUGAGAAUUUUUCUAAUAAUCUUGGCAUCAAUGCAUAGUCUUGUAUCCCGCAAUAUUCCCUCUGUCCAUCUUGAACAGCAACAAACAAUAUACACAUUCUUGUAAUUAACAAGCAAACUGAAUUUCCAUGGAAGACGUGUUGUUGCCUAAGUUUUGUGUCUUUGCCUUAUGGCAAAUUGGUUGUCUGUUGCUUUGUCUUCCUAUACUUUGAUGUCUUGUGUAUUUUACUUGGACCUUAAGAGUAAGUAACCUGAUUAAUGAGUGUGUGCUUAAAACUACUGUAAACUAAACCAGCCUACCAAUAUCCCGACCUCAUGUUGAACUAUGCACCAGCACCUGAAUGUUGUAUUGUAGGAUGCCUGCUCUAAUAGAAAAACAGGCCUAUGUUAAACUAUUCAUACUUUCGAGAAAGACGUUCCUCCGAAAGUAAACCGUGAGCCAAAAAGUCUUGACAAUCUGACAGUACAGAAUGUGUCUAAUUUUAGCCCCAUUUAGGAAAUGUAGGCUAAUCAAUAUGCAAUUAUACUAUUCUACCCCUGUAUUUUCUUAACACUUAUUUGCCCAUACCAAUGUUUUCAAAUCUGUAUAUUAUCUCAUGUGUCUUAUGCCAGAGUUCUCUAUACAAAAAAAUCUUUCUGUGCUGUUUUUUUGUUGCCUUUUUUCUUUGAUCACAUGGUUGCUAUUGACACUCAAUUUUAUUUGUUUUUUUGAUACAUUUCUACAAUCUUUUUAGAAAAAUCUACUGGGUCGGUUUUCUAAAAUUAUUUUUGUUAACACACACUUCUGAAAUGAAAAAAGAAUGGGGUUUAUGAAUUCUGCAUUUUCAAUCCUUGGUUAAACACAUUAGGUUUCGAAAUGGGUUUUGUGUCCUCUAUUUUUGCAUACCUUAUUUCCCCAUGCUAUUUAAUUGUCUUCAAAUCUAAAUUAUUUCUUAUAUUUUGGAUUGAUUUUAUGUUCAGAGCUAGUUCUUUGCUUUUUUGUAAACAGAUGGUUGCUGUUGACUGACUGAUAAUUGUAUUUGUUUAAGUUAAUUUCUUUAAGGUUUUAUUUAUAUAUCAAUUGUAAUCUUUUUUUCCCCUGGUGAUUAAAUAAUCUUGUGCUAACAGAAGCUUCUACAAAGCUAAACACAAUGUUUUUUGUUUUUAUUUAUUGAUCCUUUUCCAGUCCGUGGUUAGUCAAAUUUAGUUUUUAAUCAGUUUAUAUCUCUAUAGUUUCCUAACCACCCUGAUCAAUCUGACAUGAGGCUUUAUGCAGUGAAACAUACUGUUGGUAAUUGUUAUUCAUUGCAACUUUUGUGGGAGGUAGCUGUAUUGCAAAUAUUAUGUUAGUCUUGGCCUACUUUAACGUUAAUCAGAACAGACACAGAGGCAAUAUAUUUCUCUUAAAGGAUUGACUAUUCUGCUGAGGAUCUUCCAAGGUCCUCCCAGAAGUCUCUCUUAUGUGUGCUAGGGUUUAUUUGUGCCUGUGAAUUGCUAAUGACUCAGAUCUUUGGCUCAGGUUGAGCAAAUUAUCCUCACUCCUUCAUUUAAAUGAGGGUUAAAUAGAAAAAUUGCAAAUGUUCCUGAAAGUAACUGUGUUACAUUGUAAGAAUAAGCUGUAACUGCUGGAUUUAAUUUCGUCACAGCAGAACUGGAGAUGCCAACAUCGUUCUCUGAUGCCAUAGGAUUUGUUUCCACUUACCUUGGUUUUCUGUGUGGUAAUUUUGUGUUUUACUUAACCGCAUGAUAAAUUCUUCUGUUGUUUGACUUGAUUUAACAAAUAGCUUGAACUCACUUUGAAUAUCUGAUUUGUUACCUAUACAGCUUGUAUAGCUUGUUCCAUCUGUCCAUUUCUGGCCUUCCUAUUGUUUAUAAACUGUAUUUUUCUGAUCAGCAAUGUCAUUCCUCUGUGUCUUGUGUGAGAGUAAUGUUGCUAUGGAGGCCAGUGUUUGUUUCCUGGUGUUUUAUUUAUUCAGCGUGUCUCCUGAGUUGAAGGCUAGUGUUGAGUGCUGUGUAUGUUGUGAAGGGCUGCGUCUUUUUGGUUGGUGGCGGGACCUUUGUGGACUGAGAUGGCUGUUGUUGCUGCUUAGGUUGUUCUGGUUUUUUCAAACAACGACAACAAUAAAUGUAAACCAAAGUGA